AUGAUCUUUAAACUUUAUUGGGACAGUCAUAAUGUACAACUUGGCAAAACCUUUGUCCACUUUUAUGAAGUAGAAAAAGAAAAGAAGAAUUAUAUUUGUUCAGUUUGUAAAUGAAAAGCGUGCAUGCAAAGGGACUUAAAGCACAUUAGCAGCAAUGGUAGGCCGUCAGAAAUGCAAGAUAGAAGAAGCUGCAUCAAAUGCCUAUCUAUGUCACCGAAAGACUUUGACUGCACCUGCUCCAUUUGCAGGUGAAACAAGCUGUCAGUGCAAAGCUCCUCAUGAGAAGCUAACUAUUGCUCAGGCCCGUCAUGGAACACCAGUGGACAGACCUGUCAGAGUCUAUGCAGAUGGAAUAUUUGAUCUCUUCCAUUCUGGUCAUGCAAGAGCUCUCAUGCAAGCCAAAACUCUGUUUCCUAAUAGCUACUUAUUAGUAGGAGUUUGCAGUGAUGAUCUAACACAUAAGUUUAAAGGUUUCACUGUAAUGAAUGAAGAGGAACGAUAUGAGGCCCUCAGACACUGCCGCUAUGUAGAUGAAGUAAUCAGAGAUGCUCCAUGGACACUCACAGCAGAGUUUUUGGAAAAGCAUAAGAUUGAUUUUGUAGCCCAUGAUGAUAUUCCAUAUUCUUCUGCUGGUUCAGACGAUGUUUACAAGCAUAUAAAGGAGGCAGGUAUGUUUGUACCAACUCAGAGAACUGAAGGCAUCUCAACUUCAGAUAUUAUCACUAGAAUAGUACGUGACUAUGAUGUCUAUGCCCGUCGUAACCUUCAAAGAGGAUAUACUGCUAAAGAGCUGAAUGUCAGCUUUAUAAAUGAGAAGAAAUACCGUUUUCAAAACCAGGUAGACAAGAUGAAAGAAAAAGUGAAGAAUGUGGAAGAAAGGUCUAAAGAGUUUGUGAAUCGAGUUGAAGAAAAAAGUCAUGAUCUCAUUCAAAAAUGGGAAGAAAAGUCUAGAGAGUUUAUUGGCAACUUCUUAGAACUAUUUGGGCCAGAUGGAGCUUGGAAGCAGAUGUUUCAAGAAAGGAGUGGGCGCAUGCUGCAAGCCUUAUCUCCAAGGCAAAGCCCCACAAGCAGUCCAACACGGGGACGUUCCCCAUCACGCUCCCCAUCUCCUCCUUCCCCUUGGCUCUUCAGAAAGGCUUCACCCACUUCCUCUCCAAAAGCUGCCUCAGCAUCCAUUAGCAGCAUGAGUGAAGGAGAUGAGGAUGAGAAGUAAACAAGGGGAAAUUUGUAGUAGAAGAAGGAAGAAAUAUACCAGUGGCUCACCAGUUCAAAAUAGAAAAAGGAAAUGAUGCAUGAGAUGAUUCUGAAAAGGAAAGAACACCACUGAAAUAACUGGAGCACUGACGGUCUCAGCUAUAAAGUAGUACUUGCCAAAGGACAGCCUGUCAGAAAAGCUGCAUAUGAUGACAGGAUAUAUAACAACUUGCCAUUAUUUCCCAACAUUUAUGAAUACUUUCUUGGGCUGUUGCAGUUUUUGCUGCUUAAGCUAUUGGAUUGUUGUGACGAUUGUUCACCGAAAGGAAACUUCCAUCUUUUCAGAAAGGCUAAUUUGGCAAACAGUUUUAAGAAGGAUUCCCUUUGGUUAGAGAGGAGACAUCUAAAUUUGAAUUGCACUCUACUGAAAAGUUGGAUCUCACAAGAAUGAAAUGAAGUACUGCCUAGAAGCAGCAGAAGCUCCUACGGUGCCCGGAAAAAAACCAAACAAAUAAAAUCAUGCCAUUAGAAUUAAGCUCUAUCUUUCACAAUGGACACACCAUACUUCUACUGAAUUUGCUUAAUACUGCUUAUUGAGCAGGCUUUUGUACAUGCCAGAGAAAGUUAUUUAAUGUGAACAAAAUUUGGUGGGUUCAGUUUUAUUAUUAUUUGUCCUCCAAAGCUACUUUUUUUUUCUUUUUAGAAUGAUUGCCCGGGCUUUCCUAAAUAAGCUGUUCAUUCAAUAUGAUUUUAUAUCCAGUAAAUUUGGUAAUUUAACCCACA